AUGCUUUCUGCCGUCUACACGGUGUGUGGCCUGGCGAUCACGUCGGUAGUCUCGCUGGUCGUUGUUAACCGAUACUUCAAUUUUAGGAUAUACAAGAGCUACCCAUUCACUAUAGUGGUAUUGGUGAGUAAUCUUCUGCUGUUAUUGGUGACUGCACUACUUUUACCACUGGACCUGCACGACACUGCUGCUGGACACCCCAAUUCCUUGCUGUUCAAAGUCAUAUGGCUUUCUAUUUACUGGCUGCAGUUCGCGGUGUGCUGGCUAGUGAUCCCAAUUCUAAUCUCAUAUGUAUCAUUGAAGUAUGAAAUACCUGCCAAUGAAAUUACCACGAAAAUAAGCAAGUCCAUUAAGCUGAACUUGAAGUUCUAUCUGAUCUGUCUCAUUGCUUUGGCACUGGGACUUUUCUACUUGAUCUUAAGCACAGGUCAUGGUCUAAGAGAGGUGAAAUCCUUACUAAUGGCGCUGUCACACCUUUACUCACUAAGUUAUACACUUAUUUUACUUUCUACAGGUCUAAUAAUACUGCCUAGAGAUAUUCUUAGAGACUCACUGGAGUUAGCCAGCUCAGACAAGAAUAUGAACACUCUAUUUGUGAACCUGAGUAAGAUAAACGAGGAUAUGAACGAAUCACAACUGAAUCUAAAUGAGAGUGCAAUGCUGAUUUUAAGCACCAGAGAACAAGAAAAUGGUGACAUUAUCUUUAAUGAUCUUCUGAGAGAUUGUAAAUCUGAAAUCGAGUACAAAUUAGAAGAACUAAAGUCUAGCUCCUUACUGACCUCACCAUUGGUGCAAAUUAGUAACUCUGGAAAUCACGCAUCAUCUUCUAUUACAACAUUGGAGAAACUGAACAAGAACUAUAAUGACUUCAUCAAUAACUAUUACAAUUUCAUGUACGACAAAGUUAAAUCAGAUGAAAUUAUUCAUAAACUGGCAGUUUUACAGGAUGCUACAUUGAAUAACAGCAAGGGCAAAAUGGUGGUCCGUGCUUUAUCUUUGAUAUGCGGUAUAUUUACUACGUUGCUAUCACUCCUAGUAUACUUUUUGGAACUAACGCCUACAAAAUGGUUUCAUGGUUGGGUAUUUGUGGAUCAAAAACUCUACAAUUUUUUCCUACAGCUUGCAAUUAUUUCAUACAAUACUCUAGCAUCAUUGUACGCUAUGAGCAAAUUCAAAUUCCUCGAUUUCCACUUGAUCCCUAACGGCCAAAGUAGCCCUUCCAAUGCCCUUUAUUAUUCCUUAUAUUCAAGUCGUCUAUUAUUUCCAUUGUGCUUUAACUUAAUUGCACUAAUUCCCAAGCAUUCCAAUAACAGCGAGAAAACACCAGUAUCUUCAAUAUUUGAAAAAGUUUUGUAUCAAAAUUUGACUGUUAUCCCAAUGGUAAAUUUCCUUAAUAAGUUUUUGCCAUUACUCUUCAUGACUAUCAUACCUCUAAGUUAUAAGUUUGACAUUAAGCAAAAAAUUUUGCUAAAAGUUUUAGGUGAAGAAUACUAUUACCAAUUCUUUGGAUUAAUGCUUUAUGAACCAAUCGGAGAAAUCCCUAGCACAGAACAAGAUAUUGAAAGCAGACAUAGAAUGGUGCCGAAUAACAAUGGUAGCGGGACUAUAACUGGCCAGCCAAGGAUAAGCCCAAUUUCAAUGGCCACGGCUGAGAGGUCUCCGUUAGAUGAGGACUAUCAGUAUUCGUUACAGGAUGGAAAGUUUUUAUUUGAACGGGCAUCCAACAGCUUAAAACAAAGUAGUCCACAGCAUAACAACCCAUUAACGAACAUUCAAACAAACAGCACUACUAGUGACUCUGGUCGACUCAACGAUAUGCCUGCUUCUCAUACAUAUUUAUAG